UCGCGUUAAAAGAAAAAGAAACCUCUCGUUGUCUCCUCCGCUCCUCGCCUCCUUGCGCCGCCGCCAAGACGAGUCGCGGCUGAACAGGGGGAGGGCCGGGCGGCGAUCUCCAUCGCAGCGGAGGGGAGGGGAUCCUGGUGGUUCAACUAUUGUAUAGCAGUAUGUUGGAUUGUUGAUGUUCAGAAUUUUGAUAUCCUAGCACGAUUCCCCCUCUCGCCGCCUCUUGCCCAAGGAGAACGUCGACCACGCCGUGGUCCAGGCUCUCAGCAUCGGUGCCACUAUUAUCUGCCUAACGCUACACGUCCAGGGUCAUACUGGAUUUCAAGAGAAGAAAAAAGGUUGUUCAAGAACAUAAAAAAGGGAUGAGACUAGGAAGCAUAAAUGGACUGCGGUGCAAGCAGCUUAAACUUGUCAUUCUUGCUUUUUUCAUGAUGUUUCUUCUCUGGAAAUGGGAGAGAGGAACAUACUACACUACUGAAAUCCUCCGGCCAGAUUCAUUGAUUUUGGCUCAUCCAGCUAACUCAAAGUUUGUAGAUCAGCAUACAUCAUCCGAAGAAGACUUUCCGAAUGCAGAUACAUUGACACAAUCAGUAGUUAAAGUAGAACAGCAAGUAAGUGAUGCACCACCACCGAUGUCCAUAGCAAGUGAUUCUGCUGAUGUUGCGGAUGAAAGGGAACCACCGCCUUCUGGGAAGAAAGAUUGUAACUACGGAAAUGGAAAAUGGGUUUCUGACAACAACAGACCACUAUACUCCGGUUUCGGCUGUAAACAAUGGCUUUCCGAGAGCUGGGCCUGCAGACUAACCCAGCGCACAGAUUUUGCUUAUGAAAAAUUUAGAUGGCAACCUGAAGGUUGUGAGAUGCCAGAAUUUGAGGCCUCACAGUUCUUGACGAGAAUGCAGGAUAAAACCAUUGCUUAUGUGGGUGAUUCUUUAGGGAGGCAAAUGUUUCAAUCAAUGAUGUGUAUGGUCACUGGUGGAAAGGAGAGACUAGAUGUGGAAGACGUUGGUGCAGAGUAUGGUUUUUUCUUAGCUCCGGGUGCAAAAAGACCAGAUGGCUGGGCCUACCGAUUCCCAAGAACUAAUACAACCAUUUUAUACCAUUGGUCGUCGACACUCUGUGAUUUGGAGCCUCUGGAUCCAUCAGAUCCAGCCACCAGUUAUGCCAUGCACCUUGAUCGUCCACCUGCUUUUCUGAAGAAUAACCUUCACAGGCUCCAUGUUCUGGUUCUUAACACUGGUCACCACUGGAACCGAGGGAAGCUAAGGGCAAACAAGUGGGAAAUGUAUCUUGGGGGAGCACCAAACACUAACAGGAAUACUGCUGUCAUCUGGAAGGCCAAAAAUAUCACCAUCCACACUGUUAUUAAGUGGUUGGAUACCCAACUUCCUCACCACCCACAACUGAAGGUGUUCUACAGGUCAAUAUCUCCUCGGCAUUUCUUCAAUGGAGAUUGGAACACCGGGGGUCGCUGUGAUAAUACAAGUCCUUUGGCCAAGGGAAGUGGCAUUUCCCAAAAUCAUUCCGAUGACGCCGAUGCCGAGGGAGCCGUGAUGGGAACAAGGGUGAAGCUUUUGGAUAUAACUGCACUAUCACGAUUGAGAGAUGAAGGGCAUAUAUCGCGGUACAGUAUCAAAGCCACGCAGGGAGUUCAAGAUUGCUUGCACUGGUGCCUUCCUGGACUACCAGAUACAUGGAAUGAGAUCCUUGCAGCCCAGUUGUAGCUAAGUCUCUAGUUGAAUGAGAAGAGCUAAUGGUCAGAACCAACUUAGCUUGAGUUGUUAUAUACGGCGAUUGCUAGUCUUCACAACAGAGCUUUUGUGCUGCUGCGAGAGGAACAGCAAAGCAGCAGUGGAUUCUUUAGGAAGCUUUCGUUCCUGUAGCUAAUGAGCUUCUUGUAAUGUAGUAACCACCUUUUGUAUUUUCUUACUGUGUAUGGCCAUUGAAUUGAUUGGCAGUAACGGAGUAGUCUUAUAGAUAAGUUAUUUACGCUCUUGGAAAUGCGUUUUGUGAUUAACAUUCUGCGAUGAGCACUCAUGUUUUGUUUCUCUAGCAGUAUUAUACUAAUACACUAGGUGAUACCUCGCACUUUGCUACGGAAUUUAUUGAUGAAUAUAUGUUAAAUAUUAUAGAAA